AUGAACGGCUACUCGAAUGGUGCCCACAGCAACGGUGCAGAUGGCUCCAGAGGCAGCGAUGGGGCAGGAGGCCCGCGAGGCGCCAGUGGCUCGUACCCGCCUAUUGCUGAGAUCGUUGCCUCUGCAUCCGAGACGGUGGAGGCGCUGAAGCAUCAUUCGAUCAAGCACCUGCUCGAACAGGGACGCAAACACUUCAACGGGGCCAAGAUACUGCUGAGUAGCCGGAGUCCCAUUGCGGGCGCAUACUGGGAAUACCUUGUAGCAUACCAGAUCCUCGUCGAGCUGAUCCCCCGACAUCGCGACUACUACGACCAGAUCGAGAGCAGCCGCAGCCAGACCCAUCGCGAAUUCCGGGAUCUGGUCAAGGACAUCAAGUCCAAUGAGGAGCGCUUCGUGCGUAUCAAGGAGAUCAUCAAGAACGACAACCUGCGGAAUGGCGCCCUACACAGCAGGUCAGCGUCCACGACAUCGCUGACGCGGUCCGAGUCGCCGAGUAGCUCCAGCUUCUCAAGAAGGGACGACGAGCUGAUGCUUCCCGAUGUGCCCACUGCUCUGCCAAGCUUUGGACUACCUGCCUCACCUCGCCAGAAACCUGCAAUACAGCCGAAACCCCAGAAUCUUCACGGCCGAGCUGUGCAUCAGAGCUCUGCGUCCAUCAAUGGCCUCAGCGACCUCACUGCGCGCUUCGCCAACUUACGGGGCGUUGACACCGGAUCUGCUCGCUCGAGCCAAGAUCUGUCUGUGAAGAUGCCAUCUCCCGCAGAUUUCCAUUCAACGAGUCGCCCCAUGGGGCCACGCGAUAUGGCUCCACCCCCGCUCAACAUGCCUACACUCAACACACAGUACGCUGCCUCAUUGCCAAAAGAGCCAAGCCCUACUUACAGCCCCGCCCGGAACAUAUCGAAUCCAUCCAGCAUAAACCCGCCACGAAGCACGCCAAGGAGCAUGAAUGGCACCGGAGGGCGGAGCAAUUCGAUUGCUGCAUCGAGCAUUUCGAACCACGCGCCCAACGCGAACGGUGUCUCUGGCUCGUACUUCCCAGCUCAGCAGGCCCCGCGUGAACAGCAGGGAAGGAAAGGAUCUGUCAGCAAAACCGUGGAGCUUGAAGUCGAUGCUGAAAAGCUGUAUGACUACAUCCGCAUGUACAAGAUGCUUCUCAUCGAUGUGCGCGACCGGGCUGCCUUUGACUCUGGACACAUCUUCGCCAGCCAGAUCAUGUGCAUCGAGCCGGAAACUUUGCAAGAAGGAAAUUCCGCCGACCAGUUGCAAGAGCGUUUGGUCAUCUCCCCAGAUGAAGAAGUCGCCAUGUUUGACCGACGGCACGAAUACGACGUGAUUGUGUACUACGACGACAACACCAGCAACGCCGAUUUCCUCGGCAGGCAUGCGCGGAAUGCUUCCGAAAGAGCCCUCAAGUGUCUCUACGACACCCUACAUGAGUUCAAUGCAGACAAACCUCUGAGCAGGCCUCCGGUCUUCCUCAAGGGUGGUCUGGAUGCUUGGAUAGACAUUGUUGGGCCGCAAGCUUUGAAGAUGUCCACCACCUCGGCCCUAGUUGCAAGCGGGAAGACAAGAGCAAGAGCAAUAGGACGAUCCCCGGCCGCAAGCUAUGUCGUCAAUGGCAAUCAGCGGCGGUCAAGAAGACAAUAUGUCCCAAUGGACGAAGAAGAGGAGCAACAAUGGCUAGAAGAAGCUCGUAAGGGAAGAACUGCCGUUGAGCAGCCAGAAGCACCAGAAGAGCAGGAAGAGCCGCCUGCUCCGUUCUACCGAACCACUGAGGAGUUCUUGCGUCGGUACCCCGAUGUUGAAGUGGAACAGUCGAUGAUAGACAACUGGAAGGGAACCAAGGGUAUCCUGCCUGAGGCUUACGCAACGUUGGUGUCAAACUUGUUCAAGGGCGAUGUCAGCUCGGUGCGACCAAGCACCUUCAGGUGGGGUAUCGACCAGCAACAAGAUGCCAAAGAGUUUCUUGAAUUUGUCCUCGACUACAUGCACGAAGACCUAAAUGUGACCUGGAACAAGGCGCCUCUCCGACCCUUGACAGAUGCUCAGGAAAUACAACGAGAACAGUUCCCGCGCCAGUACGCUGCCAAGAUCGAAUGGGGACGUUACCAGCACCGCGACAUGUCGGUCAUUGGAGGCAUGUUUGCUGGGCAACACGCGUCACAGCUCACUUGUCAGACUUGUGGCGUGACAAGCACCACGUAUGAAGCUUUCUGGAGCUUGAGCUUGGAAAUACCGAACGUCGAAGCUUGCAGCUUGCGCGAUUGCCUACAGUCUUACUGCGCGGCGGAGCGCCUAGCUGGCGAUGAACUUUGGCGCUGCCCUCAGUGCAAGAAAGAUCGCGAAGCCGUCAAGAAGAUUACACUAACGCGAGCUCCUGACACACUUGUCGUCCAUUUCAAGCGGUUCAGUGCAUCGCGAACCGAGAGCGCGCGGAAGAUUAGGACUCCCGUCGAAUUUCCCCUCCAAUCUCUCGACAUGGGGCCCUUCAUCGAGCCUCCCAUGACGCCAAAGGAGGAGGAGUUCAUCGCGAACAACGCUCGUGAUGGGCAUUCACAGUUGGCUGGGAUCAAGGCCGAUCCACACAUGAAUGGGCCUUUCAUCUACAACGCAUACGCCGUCAUCUGGCACAUUGGCGCAACGCUCGGCAGCGGCCACUACAUCGCAUUCGUCAAGGAUAAAGCCAAGGGCACUUGGCGCUCGUUCAACGAUGAUAAGAUCACGGAGUUCGAGCCUGCGAACCUCGCCUCUCAGCAUAGGUUGCAGAACGAGAAGGCUUAUAUUGUCUUCUACGAGCGCGAAAGAGUCGCAGGCGGAGCCUUCUAAA